AUGGCGCCCUUUCUAUUCUCGGCGAAGCCUGCGAACUGUUCUGAUCCACAGGCGAAGUGCCCAGACAACUUCUGGUGUCAUCCAGGUGCAACAGUCGAAACGAUGGUAUGCUGUUCGGGAAGGUACAUAUGCUCGCUGGAUGUCGACAGUGGAUUUGGGAAUGGUCAGCUCCAAAGGUGGUAUUACAACAAGGUGUUGGAUACGUGCACCUUGUUCAACUACACGGGGGACGGCGGAAACGAAAACAAUUUUCCGGAUAAGGCAAAGUGCGAGGCUUCCUGCAUCGGAUACAGAAACCUCUGUCCGCACGGUGAUCCACACGCAGUGGACGACAAAAUCCUGACUUGUUCAAAGCAGGUCGGUUGUCCAGAUAAUUUCGUCUGCCACACGCACGUGACCGGUUCGUGGCAACUGUGCUGUCCUGACCCAGGUAUCGCCAGCAACGUCAUUGUUGUCCGUUUCGGUCGUGUAUCGCUGACAGCUUUAGCGUUUUUCUGCAAGUUGCCCGUUGACCAAGGAACGUGCAACAUGGAGCCUGUUCUGCGAUUCGCGUACGACCGGAAAAGCAAACAGUGUCGGUCCUUCUUCUACAGUGGGUGCAAAGGAAACCUGAACAACUUCAGUUCGAUGGACCGAUGCCAGGCGGUGUGUUGCGGCCAUUAG